AUGGGCCUCACUGAACUCAUCUUUGAGAAUGUCUCCUUCAAGGGGCUGCUGGUCUUUCUCAGCGUCAGUUAUGUUCUAUACAGGAUAGCCACUUCAUUUGAGAAGAGGCAACGUCUACGGCGUCUAGCAGGUGCCCCUGCGCCCAAGAUCAAGGCGAGAUUGCCUUGGGGCCUUGAUAUUGUAAAGAGACAGGUGAAGGCCACCAUGAGUCACAAGAAUCUCGAAUCUUGGUAUACUCUGUUUAAGGAUGUCCCUGGAAUGACCGCCGAAGGCAAGAUCAUUGGUCGGCGGCUCAUCUUCACCUCGGACCCCGAGAACAUCAAGGCUAUCUUGGCAUCACAGUUUGGUGACUACGGCAAGGGCGAGCCUUUCCAUCGCGAGUGGUCUGAAUUCCUCGGCGACAGUAUCUUUGUCACCGACGGAGACAAGUGGCACGCCAGCAGGCAGCUGAUUCGACCGCAAUUCGUCCGGGAGCGCAUCAGUGACUUGGACUGCUUCGAAUCGCAUCUCGACACGCUUUUUCGAGCCAUUGCCAAUGGUCAGGCGCUCAACGGGGCGGACCAAAAGGUCGACAUUGAGGCUGGCAACGGCAAGACUGUCGAGAUUAGUGACUUGUUCUUUAGAUAUACUCUCGACGUCGCCACGGACUUUUUACUAGGCCUGGAUGUUCAGUCUCUCACGACACCGCGUCAAGAGUUUGCCGACGCGUUCAAUGAAGUACAAAGGGUCCAGAGUAUUCGUGCUCGCGCUGGUCCGCUGCAGUCUUGGAUACCGCUCAAGUCCUUCCGCGCCGGUCUCAAGGUCAUCAACAAGCUUUGCGAGACCUACAUUGAUCGCGCUCUGCAGCUGAGUCCCGAGGAGCUCGCCACCAGGACCAAGUCCGAUAAUGGGUACACCUUUUUGCACGAGCUCGCACUCUUCACCCGGGACCGCAAGGUGAUUCGCGACCAGCUCGUCGCCGUGCUCCUGGCCGGGCGCGACACGACGGCCUCGACGCUCUCGUGGACCAUUUACGAGCUCAGCCGCCACCCCGAGUGCGUGCGCAAGCUGCGCGACGAGAUCAUCCACCAGGUCGGCCUCGAGCGCAAGCCCACGUACCACGACCUCAAGAACAUGAAGUACCUGCAAAACGUCAUGAACGAGACCAUGCGGCUGUACCCCGUGGUGCCCUUCAACGUGCGCCUGGCCCUCCAGGACACGACGCUCCCGCGCGGCGGCGGCCCCGACGGAUCCCAGCCCAUUCCCAUCCUCAAGGACACGCCCAUUGGCUACAGCACCCUCGUCAUGCAGCGCGACCCGGCCUUUUACCCCCCGCCCAGCGAAAAGUUUGCCCACUACCUCGAGUACAGCCCCGAGCGCUGGUUCCACUGGCAGCCCAAGCCCUGGCAGUACGUGCCCUUCAACGGCGGGCCGCGCAUCUGCAUUGGCCAGCAGUUCGCCCUCACUGAGAUGGGCUAUGUGCUCACGCGCCUGUUUCAGAGGUUUGAGAGGGUCGAGAGCUUCAUGCACGAGGUCGACGGCGGCCAGCCUACCCUCAAGGCCGAGAUUGUGCUCCAGCCGGGCGAUGGUGUCAAGGUUGCUUUUUGGCAGGCAAGGAAAUAG